AUGCGAAAUGCUGGACUAGAAGAAACAGAAAUUGGAAUCACAAUUGCUGGAAGAAAAAUCAACAACCUCCGAUAUGCUGAUGAUACCACUCUCAUGGCUGAAAACGAAGAAGACUUGAAAAAUCUCUUGUUAAAAGUUAAACAAGAAAGUGCAAAAGCCGACUACCCAUUACGUUCGCCGUCUACCACCAACAUUCAUCCGAAUGCUCGAUGGCAACAGAAUGGGAUCACUGUGGCUGGAGGAAAUCGACAAGGUAAUGGAAUCAAUCAACUCUCUAACCCAUUGGGUUUGUAUGUUGAUGAUGAUCAAACUAUGUAUGUCGCUGAUACGUCGAAUCAUCGUAUUGUGAAAUGGAAAUGGGGUGCGACGAGUGGCCCAGUGGUUGCCGGUGGGAAUGAACAAGGAAGUGGGGCUCAUCAGUUGUCUCACCCAAAUGAUAUGAUUGUUGACAAAGAGAGAGAUAGUCUCAUCAUCUGCGAUGGGUGGAAUGGAAGAGUGGUUCGAUGGCCUCGUCGAAAUGGCACAAGUGGAGAAACGAUCAUCUCCAACAUCGAUUGUGUGGGUUUGACAAUGGACGAGAAUGGAUCUCUCUAUGUCACUGACGUUGGAAAACAUGAAGUGAGACGAUAUCGAAGAGAAGAAUCUCAAGGAACAGUGGUUGCAGGUGGCAAUGGAAGUGGAAAUCGUCUCGGUCAACUCUCUUACCCACGAUACGUAUUCGUCGAUCGAGAUCAUUCAGUGUACGUAUCUGAAUGGGGAAAUCAUCGUGUGAUGAAAUGGGUGGAAGGUGCAACACAAGGCAUUGUCGUGGCUGGUGGUCAAGGACAAGGAAAUGGUCUUACACAAUUGUAUUCUCCUCGAGGAGUCGUUGUCGAUCAAUUGGGCACUGUCUAUGUGGCUGAUGGAUGGAAUGCUCGAAUCAUGCGUUGGCCCAAAGGAGCCACACAGGGAAGUGUCAUUGUUGGUGGAAAUGGUAGAGGAGAACAAUUGAACCAACUCAAUUGGCCCACCGGUUUGGCAUUCGAUCGACACGGCAAUCUCUAUGUCGUCGAUUACGGAAAUCAUCGAGUACAAAAAUUCAACCUGGAAUCCAAUAAAUGA